AUGGAAAAAACAAAAAUUAAUUCAAAUGAAUUAAAAGUCUUGAUAAAUAAUUUUGGAACAGUUCCUUUAUUUAAAAUUGAUGAAAAUGAAAACCAAGAUGUUACUUUAAAAAAAUUAAAUAGUUCAAGACCAGUUGGGUAUCAUCAAUUUUGUUUUGAUUCAAAAUUAAACAAAUAUAAAAGUAUUGAUAAAGGUGAUUUAAUUGAAAAUCAAAGUGAAGAAUUAGCAUGUAAUCCAUACCUUUAUUCAAAGAAUAUUAAAUUUGUACAUGAACGUGAUAUGGAAAUGUGUUAUAUUUGUAGGGAUAGGGAUGCUCCAUCAGUAUGUUUAUGGAGUUGGGAUUUUGGAAAGAAAUUAGAAAUUUCAAAAUUAAUAUUAAACAUGUUAUUUAUGGCAUUUGAAGAGAAUAGUGGUAUUGAUUGGUAUUUAUCAACUGAAAUUUCCAAUGAUAUGGUUUUAGCAUUGCGUAAUAAAAACCAUGAAAAAGUGAUGAAAACAAUUCAAGAUGAAUUUUUCAAGUUACCAUUAGAACUUGUUUCACCAGUUUAUUUUGAUAAGAAAUUAAAUUUAACAGAAUUGGUGGGUGGUUCAAAGAGAUUCUAUCUUUCAUGUAUUAUGUCCAAUAGUGGUCCUUAUAAAACUCAAUUAUUCCGUUCGAAAUUCUUAACAAAAUUCACUCAAGAAGAUGACGACUAUCUACAUUUACACACACCUCCAAAAUUCAAUUACCCAUUUAAUAUCUACUUUGAAGUUUCAUUAUCAUCAAAUAACUCCACCACCACCACUACCUCAACUACUACUAAAAAAGAAAAUCAACAAGAAAAUCUUGAUAUUAAUGGUAAACAAAACAAUAAUAACUAUUAUUUCGUUGAAAUUGAUGAAAAUAUUGAUACAGUUCAAGAUAAUAGCACCUUUAAAACAAAGAAUUGGGAUUCUGGUAGAGUUGGUGAUUGGUUAUUUGAUAUGGGUUUCUAUGACUUGAUUGAAAGGUUUUCCUUUCAAAAUGUUAAUGGUGAAACUUUAUUAACUCGUGGUUUAUCAAUAUUACCAAAUAGUUUUCUUCAAAAUUCUACAAAAAGAAAUAAAUAUAUUGAAGCAAUAAAUAGAUUAUUAUCAUUAAAUAAAAUGGAUUCAAUUUUAUCGCCUCAACAACAACAACAACAACAACAACAACAACAACAACAACAACAACAACAACAACAACAACAACAACAACAACAACAACAACAAUUACAAUUACAACAACAACCAAUUGAACAACCAAUUGCAAGUGCUGAUGAUCAACAAAUGUUAGUUCCAACUGCAAAUGCUUCACCAUUGUAUUCAAAUCAAUAUAGUGAAAAAUCAAUUUUAUUUUUAAAUUAUUUAGACGAAACAAAAAAAAAACAAUUAAAUAAUUUUAAAAAAUUACCAGAUGAAUCUUCAAAAAAUCAAAUAAAUCUUGAUGAUAAUAAUGAAAGCAAAUUAAUAUUAAAUGAUUUAAAUUCAAGUAAUUAUAAAUUAAUAAUUAAAAAUAAUGUUAUUCAUGUUCAUAAAUCAAUACUUUCACAAAAUUCAGAUUAUUUCAAUGCAUUGUUUACUUCAAGUUUUUUUGAAAAUUUAAAUAGUACUUGUACUUUUGAAAGUGAUGAUGAAAAAUUAACAAUUGAAUCAUUGGAAUUAUUAAUGGAAUUUAUUUACCUUCAAACUCAAGAAGAAGCAUUAAAUUUUUUAAAAAAACAAGAUUUUAAACAAUUAAAAGUUUUACUUCAUUUAUCCGAUAGAUUCCUUUUUAAACAAAAAGAAUUAAUUGAAAAAUUUAUUGUUUGGUCUAUAAAAUCUGUAAAUUUAAAAAUAAUUGAUCAAGAAUUUAAUAAUAAUAAUUUAAUUUCGCUCUUUACAAAAUAUUAUUUAAAUAAUUAA